UCCCAUAUUUCUCUCUUCAACGCAGAAUCACUCCCUUCGAGACUCUCUCUCUCUCUCUCCUUCCUCCUCCUUCGUCAUCCUCGUCUUCCGUCGCUCGUCUGCCGCCGUAGGACGGCCGAGCGGAGAAGGGCACGUCUCGCCGCCGGCGACGAUCCCUUCGAGUUUGCGACUGCGGUGUGGAGGGCAUUCCUCCGCCGUUCGCUUCCUUGCUUGCUUUCCUUCUUUGGAUUCUGGGUCUGGUACUGGUGCUGGUUCUGGUUCCGGGUCUUGUUCUGGUUCAGGGGCUUGCGCUUCGCUCCUUUUUUUUUUUUUUUUUUGGGUUUUUCCUUCGUGUGUUUUUCUUCUUUCUCUUUUCUCCUUGGAGGGGAGGCGGGCCGGGCGGGAGAGAGAAAGUCUCGUCUACGGAUGGCCGCGCAGUUCCGCAGUGCGAUGGGGGUGUACGAGCGGGUCAGGACCGAGGACCCCAAUGGCGACGUCGAGAAGGCUUCUCCCGAUCCUAAGGCCGGGUUCCCGCGCUCCGGCGAUGGCUGUGUAGUCGCCUGCGACGUCGAGGCGGCGGGGCCGCAGGUCCCCGACUCGAGAUCGGCCUCUCGCCGAUGCGGCGGCGGCGGGGAAUCCGAGCGGCGGCAGCGGCUUGUUUCUCUCGACGUGUUUCGCGGCCUCUCCGUCGUGCUAAUGAUUGUCGUGGAUCAUGCGGGUGGAAUUAUCCCUGCCAUCAACCAUUCACCAUGGGAUGGCUUAACUCUGGCAGAUUAUGUAAUGCCAUUUUUCCUGUUUAUUGUUGGUGUCUCACUGGGACUUGCGUACAAGAAAAUGUCAUGCAGAGCUUCCGCAACUCGAAAAGUCCUUCUUCGGGCACUUAAGCUUUUGCUUUUAGGUCUUUUCCUCCAAGGUGGUUAUUUUCAUGGUGUUGGUAGUCUUAAUUAUGGAGUGGACAUGCAACAGAUGAGAUUUAUGGGAAUACUGCAAAGAAUAGCUAUAGCAUUUGUGGUGGCAGCACUAUGUGAGAUUUGGCUAAAGGGUGGUGAUGAUGUUAACUCAGGAUUUUCUCUGAUGAAGAAAUACCGAAGUCAAUGGGCCGUGGUACUUGUGCUUACCACUGUAUAUAUUUCAUUAUUAUAUGGCUUGUACGUGCCCGACUGGAAGUAUCAAAUUCCAACUGAAUCUUCCUCCCUUUCACAAGAAAUAAUUUUGGUGAAAUGUGGAGUGCGAGGAAAUACUGGACCAGAUUGUAAUGCUGUCGCAAUGAUUGAUCGUGAGGUGUUGGGAAUUCGACAUUUAUACAGAAAGCCAACUUAUGCACGGACAAAGCAAUGCAGUAUUCAUUCUCCAGAGUCUGGCCCUUUGCCUGCUAAUGCUCCAUCAUGGUGUCAGGCCCCCUUUGAUCCUGAAGGCCUUUUAAGUUCGGUGAUGGCUGUGGUUACAUGCUUGGUUGGCUUGCACUUUGGACAUGUGAUUGUCCAUUUUAAGGAUCAUGGCAAAAGAACUUUCCUCUGGAUGAUCUCAUCUUCUUUUCUUGUGGUUCUAGGCCUGGCAUUAGAUCUUUUUGGCAUGCAUGUGAAUAAGGCUCUGUACACAUGCAGUUACACGGCUGUCACUGCUGGUGUAGCUGGGAUUCUCUUCACCUUGAUAUACCUGAUGGUUGAUUUUGGUGGACUUAGGCAUACUACCAUGGUUCUGGAGUGGAUAGGGAAGCACGCGUUGACUAUUUUUGUCAUUGCUGCAACAAAUGUCUUGCCCGUUUUCCUCCAGGGCUUCUACUGGAAGCAUCCUGAGAACAACAUUCUGAGUUUAAUUGGAAUUGGAAGACGGUAGGAAGCUUGGUAUCAUUCUCCGACUCUGGAAGGAAACUCUUGAUCGCUGAAUAUUUAUUGAAGCAACUAGCCACAUCUAUUAAAUAGUGGUCCGUUGCAGUUCAUACAGAAAAUAUAUCUGUUCUGUUCAGUGAGGUUAGAGAACUGCAGUUCUCUCCAAAUUUGUAGGCUCUCUGUACAUAAUUAGCUAUUCACCGUCACUUUAUUUCGUUGUAGGAUUUUAUAAUGGUGGUCUCUAACGGUGAAUCUCUUUUAUAGUUUUUUGACGAAGGAUAUUGGAAAUUUCAAAAUAUUUCUCAGGCAUAAAAGUAUGUUUAUUCUCUGUUUUCAA